AUGGCUUCUGGUGUGCUUGUGAGCCAUGUGAAGGCAAAUGGAGAGCAGCUGCUCGUGGUAUACCUUCUGUUCUGUGGAGCUCGAGAACAGACUUGGGAGGUAGGACCAAGUCAUGAAUACUCGCUAAAGAAAGCACUGGAGCGCGGGGAAUCAAGCUUCUCCAACCCCAAGAGUCGCGGGUCGAAAAAUGGCCCGUAA